AUACUCGAAUCUCUUCUGAUGGCAGAAAACAUCAAAGUUAUUUGCCGGGUUCGGCCGCUUAAUGAGUCCGAGAAAGCCAGGGAUGAUAAGUUCGUCGUUUCCUUCCCAGGCGAGAAUAACAUAAAUCUCGGUAAAACGUUCACGUUCGACCAUGUUUUCCAACCAAAAGUUCAACAAUCGGAGUUGUACGAUGUCGUAGCCAAACCCAUAGUAGCCGACGUUUUGAAUGGAUACAACGGAACGAUUUUUGCUUACGGUCAGACGGCCAGCGGAAAGACAUUCACCAUGGAGGUUGGCGAUCAGGCAUCAGGUAUUUUGGGUGAUCCAGUUUUGCAGGGUAUAAUUCCCCGGAUAAUCCAUGACAUAUUUAACCACAUUUAUAAUAUGGAUGAGAACCUGGAAUUCCAUAUAAAAGUCUCAUAUUUCGAAAUUUACCUGGAUAAAAUUCGCGAUCUCCUCGAUGUUUCCAAAACGAAUUUACCCGUGCACGAAGACAAGGAUCGUGUCCCAUAUGUGAAGGGCGCCACGGAGAGAUUCGUAUCGACUCCCGAGGAAGUCUUUGAAGUAAUUGACGAAGGAAAGGCAAACCGACACGUAGCGGUGACAAACAUGAAUGAACACAGUUCGCGUUCACAUUCCGUCUUCAUGAUCACUGUGAGGCAGGAGAAUUUGGAGACCCAAAAGAAGCUGCAUGGGAAGCUUUACCUCGUGGAUUUGGCCGGCAGCGAAAAGGUCUCCAAAACGGGCGCUGAGGGCGCAGUCCUGGACGAGGCCAAAAACAUCAACAGGUCCCUAUCUGCUCUCGGAAACGUGAUCAACGCGCUCGUUGAGGGCAAUGCACACGUUCCAUACCGAGACUCAAAGUUGACCAGGAUAUUACAGGAGUCGCUGGGAGGAAACGCUAGAACGACCAUCGUCAUAUGUGUAUCACCAUCGGAGUACAAUCGAGGUGAGACGAAUUCGACCCUCCUCUUCGGUAUGCGCGCGAAAUCCAUCAAGAACGUCGUGACUGUGAACGAGGAACUGACUGCUGAUGAAUGGCGCCGACGCUAUGAACGCCUCAUGACGAAGUUUAAACGACUGAAGGAGUUUGUUGCAAAACUCGAGGCUGAACUUAAACGGUGGCGCUCAGGUAAGCAACCACUCCUCCGCUGUCAUAUCUUGUUUUGGUACAGUUGUCUAGCUCUAGUCUAG